UCAAUCAAAUAACCGAAAACUUUAUCGAAACCUAACAACAACAAAAUGAUGAAAACAUUCGAAAAAUUUCGUCUAGCAUUUUGGAAUGAAGAUAUUUGGACACCACCAAAUGCAACAUGGCAAUUAUAUGAACAAAAUGAUUAUCGUCAUUUUAAUGAUCUUUAUUAUUCAGCAUAUACGGCUAUUAUUUUAAUUAUAAUACGUAUAAUUUUUAAUCGUUUUAUAUUCAUACCAUUGGGUAUUUGGUUAGGUUUACCACCAAAACGACCAAAUCCACCAACAGCUAAUAAAACAUUGGAAGAAACAUAUCGUCAAACAAGAGGAAAAUUAUCCAAUGAACAACUUUUAGGAUUAUGUAAACAAUUGGAUUGUAAUGAACGGAAAAUUCAAAGAUGGAUGCGAUUACGUUCAGCACAAAGUAAACCGACAAUUUUAUCCAAAUUCACUGAAAGCGCGUGGAGAUGUUUAUUUUAUUGUACAAUGUUUAUCUAUGGUCUUAUUGUAUUAUGGAAUAAACCAUGGAUGUGGGAUUCAGUUUAUUGUUUUCUUGAUUAUCCACAUCAUUUUGUUUCAACUGAAGAAUGGUGGUAUUAUAAUAUUGAAUCCGCUUUCUACUUAUCAUUAUUAUUUUCACAAUUUGUUGAUGUUCAACGAAAGGAUUUUUGGGUAAUGUUUGUUCAUCAUGUUGUAACAUUAUGUUUGUUAAGUUUUUCAUGGGCAUGUAAUCUAAUUCGUAUCGGUACACUUGUAUUAGUUAUACAUGAUUUUGCUGAUAUUCCACUUGAGGGCGCCAAAAUGAUGGCCUAUGUAAAAAAACAACAUAUAGCCGAUAUUGUAUUUAAUGUAUUUGCAUUAUGUUGGAUUAUAUCACGAAUUGGUUUAUUACCAUAUCGUAUUAUAUAUUAUUCAUCAUAUAUUGCUGUCGGUUUGGUUCCUAUGUUUCCAGCAUAUUAUAUAUUUAAUUCAUUAUUAAUUGCUUUACAAAUAUUACAUAUUAUUUGGACUUAUUUUAUUAUUCGUGUUGCUAUACAAGCUUGGAAUAAUAAUGGUAUCAAAGAUAUUCGUUCUGAUGAUGAAGAUGAAGAAGAUUUUCUUGAAGUAGCUGAUGAUGAUGAUGAUGAUGAUAAAUUCAUUUUUAAUGAUAAUGAUGAUAAUAAUAAAACAAAAUCAAAAAAUAAUGGUAAUACUCAUCUAAGAUCAAUAAAUAAAUUGAAUAAUGAUCAUCAUCAAACCAAAAUAUAUUCGAAU